AUGGAAGCCGUGGUGAAAUCUCUGAGGAAGCUCGAGGGAGAUGACUCGUCCAAGCCGCACACGUUGCAAGCCCUGGAGUUGUUCGUUUCCAUGCAUCCGUCACCAAAGACUCUUACGGUCCAUGCACACUUCCUGGAGCGGCUGGUUCCGUCUAAAGACCAUCGACAACGUAUCCCGACGCCAGUCCCCAUCUCCAAGUCUCCGAGCUUGUGCCUUCAAGGAUUCCAGCUCGCCCUGAAAAACGAAGACCUUCCGUCACUUCUGCUUGCAAGUCUUCUUGUUCUCAACCUCAACCGCGACGUGGUGACCUUCAAGCAGCCAUUUACAUGGGAAACGAUGCAUUUGCAACUUGCCAAGAAGUUGCUGGACGCAAUCCCUCAAACAAACGACACGAACAACUCCCUCGGGCGGUCGCUUGUGUGGCAUCACAUGUGUGAAUGCCUCGCGAGCCUAAAGUUCAUUCCUAGCGGCCACGACACCACGAUUGAGUGGGGUAACGUAUCGAAGCGCCUAAAUGACCAAAGUCCGCUGACGCCGUUCCUCGAAAAAGUGGUGCUGGUGUGUCUUCAAGUUCAGCUCAAUAUGCAGGAGCAUACUCAUCUCCUCCCUCUAUCACUUCCGCGAGCAUCUAUGACAAAGAUCACUUGGGACUCGUGCUACCGCAUCAUUUGGAAGCAUGCCAGCUCAAUCACAUCACCGUCCAUCGUCUACCACCUGCGGAAGGAAGGGCUGCGAUGUCUUGUGCACGCGAAUUCGACCUGGUGGGUUUUCGUCCAGCAGAUGUACAAAGCCGCUAUGCUGUACGAAAAAUAUUCGCAAGCCAAGCAAGACGCGUUGUACUGCGAUUUUGCUCAGAGCCUGAAGCAAUUGCAUCAAGUGUCGCCGGCGGCGCCAUUAGAGCACUGGUUGUCCGUUUUCUUGUGGCUCGAGCACUGGGUCAACAAUUGCAUCAACCGCUCCCUUCUCCACCAAACUCUUGACCUUCUGCGCGCUGAGUGUCCACAUCCUUCGCUUUUGGACAUGCUGGGCUCCCAACUGACGGAGAAGUGGCCCUCCACGCUCGUUUUGCCGCUCAAGUUGCCCUCCACGUUAAUUCCUCUGGCUUUUCGAAAUGCCAAAAAGGUGAUUGACAUUUGUCCGACUCUUCCCGCAUUAUACAACCAAUUGUUCGAGUGGUCGCGAGAUCUCAAUCAGCCGCCAGCCCAGCAACUGCUCUACCUCCGCUUGCUCAUUCGAGCAUGCCAAGACUUUCCAGCUGACGCCCUGACCCACCUCCAUCGCGGUGUUUCCUACGUGAGGGACCCUGCGUUUGCCGAAAUCGCUGAACGCGACUGGCAUCUUAUUGCGAUGAAGUGGUUCAAAAUGGGGUUGUACAAGGCGGUUGUGGACUGGUGCUCCGUGCUAUCCCCACAUUUCCCCAAGUGCUACUUGCUCUUGGGUCUCGCCCAUCAGAAACUGCUCGAGUGGGCCAUGGCGGUCCAUGCGUGGGAAAUUGGGGUGUCUCACGGUCAUGUCGCCCUGGAUAAGUUCACCCAACUCCUAUUCAAUGUCACGCCAUCGAUCGGAUGCAGAUCUCUCCAAUCCUCCGCCAUGGAGCCGCAUCACGCUGACAUAGCGCCUUUAAUUGCCCACCAAGUCGAGUCGGUGUGGCUGGUGCAAUGCCGAAAACAACAAUGCUCCGACAGCGCCGUGUCGACGUUAAAGUAUGGCCUUGCAUUGUGGGAAAUCGUCGAUCGAUCUAGUUUUCGACGACGCAAAGCCGUGGCGCUGGCAGAGUAUUUCACCGAGAGGAACCCCCAAGCGCUCAUGGACACGUACCACACGCUGAUCCAAGGAUGCCCCUGCUCCCGCGACAAGUGGGUCCUUCUAGUUGAGCAGCAUCUCGUCGCCAGAUACGCGUGCCUCCCCCUCCAAUACUUCGACGCCGUAGAGGCUUUGUAUUUGAUAUGGAAGGACUACGACCAACCAGACGUGGUGUUGCAAGCGGGGGCAACCCUCCUGGGCGUGACAGACCUCUACGAAAUUCCCAAGUCCGACCAAGUCGAAGCGGCGCAUGACGCGCUCAACAGCGGCGACUACGUUCUCGCUGAAUCGAGAUGGAAGCAAUUGUGCAAGGAGUCGUACCAACAUGCAUAUGCGUUGGGACUGCAGGAAUGCCUUGUCGAGCCCGACGACCCGUCCAAGAUGUACUUGCAACUCGUCCACCUCGACGAAUUCCACGCGUUCGCGACCGUUUUGUACAACUUGCAGCACCUCGCUAAGGUGUACAUGGCCACGUCCCGGAACAAAGCGCUCCUGUACCUGCAAUACCUCCAAAAUCUGACGAAAAAGCUAGACAUGUUGCCCGCGUCGCGGCAAAUAUCGUGUCUUUCGAUCGAGUUUGCGUUGAACCAAGGCCUUUUGGGCGAAGCAGACGCCGAGUUGAGCCAAUUGCGCGCCAAUCCCGUCAACGAAUCGUACCACUUGAAGCAGAGUUGCUUCGAGGAUAUCCUGCAUGGCGACGUGCACACACUGGCAAGGACAGUGUCGCUCGCUACUCACGCGUACAAGAAAGCCAAGACCAAGAGCGUUCCGAUGUACCCCAAGUUCCAGGAUAUCCUCGCCCUCGUGUAUCGGAAAUUGGCGCUCAACAUGCCCGAUCCAGUCCUGGCGUCACAAAAAGCUACCAAACUAAGUCUCACACGGGUCGAUUCGAGACUCGCCAUGCAGACAUUGAGUCACGCACUGCGACGAAGGCGCACGCGAGAAGCGCUCUCCCAGAGCAUGCACUCCCUCCAAGAAGCGUACGGGCUGUUCGCCGAAACCAAACGCAGCAUUCAUCACCAUCCGUUCUGCAUCGAGUACGUUUUGACUUGUUUGGAGAGCUUGAAGUACAUCGAAGACCCUGCCAUGCACGUCCAAAUUCAGUGGCGGAUGAGCUGGCUUUUGUCUGGCAUGCCGUCGUCGGCAUCGGGCAUCGUGCAUGACACGACGUCGUUUCAAAAGCGCUGGACCUCGUCUGCGGUCCCGUCAGAUUGGAAUGUUCUCGUGCUGAAGAAAUGCAACGACUCCGAUUUGAUCGUGCAUCGUAUUCAGAACAAUGGGGCGAGCCCUGUCACGGUGGUCCUGCCUGGCUUCGCCAUCGACAAGUUCAUGAAAGCAACCGCCCUCGUGAUAGAACGCUCCAAAGACACGCUGUCUGGGCAUACGGCCGAGGAAGCUGCAACGUGGACGUCGAGCCAAAAGAAGCAGUGGUGGAAGCAGCGCGUGCAUCUGGACGGUCAGCUCAAGCUCUUGGUGGACAAAGCUUUGGCUCACCUGUCCUUUUAUCGAUGCCUCCUCAUUCCUCGCCCGAAUCCUUUACCAAUUGACGUGGAAACCUCCAUCGCUGCCAUCUUCAAGCGGCACCCGGCAUUGUCUCCGAUGCACCAAGAGAUUAUCUCGUCGCUUAUGUACACAUACGCCACCCAUUUAGUCCACGAAGAUUUGGUCAAGGAAGGGCUCAAAUUCUGCGGCGUGCCGUGGACGUCUCAGAGUCUCCCUCGUCAGUCUGCCACGAUGGCGGUCCCUCCCGGCUUGACGCUACUGUCCACGAAUUUGCAUGGGUUUCCGUGGGAAGGGCUGUUUCCGCCAGGGUUUCCGGUGUCGCGGCUGCAUUCGAUGGCCCCGCUGUUCGAUGGCGUCUCAUGGUCGGUCUCGAGACAAUCUGUGCACUACAUAGUCAAUCCUGGCGGAGAUCUGCUGAACACGGCAACGUUUUUGCACCCGAUCCUCACACGAGGUCGGACCGAGUGGCAGUGGAGCACGUGCGACGAUCCGUCCGAUGCAGCGUCGAUAUUUGCAAAGGAUGUGUUCCUGUACUGCGGCCAUGGUUCGGGCGAGCGAUACAUUGGGAGGCAGGUUGUGGAGCACCUGACGAAAUGCCCCGUCGCCCUUCUCAUGGGGUGCAGCAGUGCGAGGCUCACUCCGUUUGGCUUGUACGAGCCGGAGGGUAUGCUGGCCAGCUAUCUAGAAGCCAAGAGUCCGGCGGUCGUCGGGAUGUUAUGGGACGUAACCGACCGAGACUUGGACCGCCUCAGUCUUGCUUUGCUCGAGACCUGGUUCAACACGGACGCGUCGCUAUGCCAGGCGCUGGCGAAUGCCCGGGACGAGUGCAAGCUGCCCUGCUUGAAUGGACUCGCGGCAGUUUGCUACGGACUGCCUGUCGUGGUCAAGCCAGGACUGUAAAGUUAUAGAGAGUCGUAUCGAAGA